AUGAAGUUGAAACAAUGGCUGGCAACUUGCCUUGUUGCUCCAUGCCUCAUGGUGUCCGCAACUGACCUAAGCAUCUUCGAAGCCAGCAUAGAACAACUCCAAACCGCCCUGUCAACAGGCCAAAUCAACGCGGUCCAACUCGUCGCAAAACACCUCCACCGCAUAUCCCACUACGACCGCCGCGGCCCCCGCCUAGACGCAAUCCCCGUCCUCAACCCCCUCGUCUUCGCCCACGCUCAAGCCUCAGACUCAUAUCGCGCCGCCUCGAAUGGCUCCAUCCGCUCCAAUCUCGAGGGAAUCCCCUGUACCCUCAAAGACAGCUACAUGAUGGCCGGCAUGACCGUGUCCGCCGGCUCGCCGGCCUUCGAAAACCUCACCGCAUCGACCGACGCCUUCACCGUGGGCAAGAUCCGCGACGGGGGCGGAAUCGUGCUCGGGCUGACGAACAUGCCGCCUAUGGCCAACGGCGGCAUGCAACGCGGGCUGUACGGGAGGGCCGAGAGCCCGUAUAACGGCGACUACCUCGCGGCAGCGUACGCCUCGGGGUCGUCCAACGGGGCGGGGUCGUCGACGGCGGCGAGCAUGGGUGUCUUUGCGAUGGGCGAGGAGACGGUGAGCUCUGGGAGGUCUCCCGCUUCUAAUAACGGACUCGUGGCGUAUACGCCGUCGCGCGGUGUGAUUUCGAUUCGCGGGAAUUGGCCGCUUUUCCCCGUCGCUGAUGUCGUUGUGCCCUACGCUCGCAGUGUCGGGGAUAUGUUCAGCAUUCUGAAUGUCAUCGUUGCCGAAGAUCAGGAUAAAACUGCGGACUUCUGGCGCGGACAGCCCUUCGUGGCUCUUCCUUCUGUCGAGGACGUUCGGCCGAGGGGUUCCUACCAUACCUUGGUUAACUCGAGUGCUUUAAGUGGGAAGCGCAUCGGAGUUCCCAAGAUGUAUAUCGGAGAGAGCGAUCCUCAGGCGCAGCCGAUCUGGGUCAGUCCGGCUGUACGAAAGCUAUGGGAGCAAGCCCGCGCUACUCUCGAAUCGCUUGGCGCAAUCGUGGAGGAAGUGGGAUUCCCCCUCGUCACGAACUACGAGACAGCGCCUGAGACUGUUGAUUGGGAUACCGAUUACCCGCUUCCUGCCACCACAGAUGACCCGGAUCUCGCUGGUCCCGGUGAGCUCUGGUCUUACGGCUGGGAUGACUUCCUCCACUACGUCAACGACACCGACACCGUCGCUAGACUUGCAGACGUGGACCCCAAUCUCAUCUUCCCACAACUUCCUAACACACUACCAGAUCGAUACGGCAAUCAAUUCGGCAACAGGAGCGUAUCAAACACCGGCAUCGUCGAGGGCGUGACCUCGAGGAACGGCACGUCGAUAUUCAGCCUCCCGGGGCUCGAAAAGCACUUGAAGGCCCUUGAAGCCCGUCGAGAACGCGACCUCGAGGCCUGGAUGGACGAUCAAGGUCUCGACGCCCUGGUUUGGCCUUCUGCGGGCGAUGUCGGUCGCGCCGAUGCGGAGACCAACGACACGUCUGCCGUUCAUGCGUGGCGGAAUGGAGUGUUCUUCUCAAAUGGGAACUACGCUAUUCGGAGGUUCGGCGUGCCGACUGUCAGUGUUAGUAUGGGCAUGCUGGAGGACAUCGACAUGCCCAUGGGCUUGACGUUUGCAUCGAGAGCAUAUGACGACAAUGCGCUACUGAGCUAUGGAUUCGCGUUUGAGAAGGCGCAUGGGAAGCGCGCGUCCCCGCCGCGAACGCCCGAGUUGGAUUCCGAUGCCAUACCUCGGAGAUGUGCGAGAUCAGUGGCGGGUACGAAGCCCCCUAGGUUGACCGCGGCUGCGAGCAAGCUGAGCGGGAAUAUUGUCGAAGUAUCAGGCACUGUGGAGGGGGAUGAUGCUGGAGGAAUCGAUUCAGUAGAGGUAUUUGUUGAUGGCGUGAGUGCCGGCCACGUUGUUGUCGUGAACGGCGAGUGGAGUGUGCUCUCUGAGAUCACUCCUUAUGAUGAUUCGUUGGGGGAGGUUCCCGUUCGGUUUGUGAACGAGCCGGACCAAACUCUGGCGAUGAUUGUGGCCUUCAAAGUCUUCGACAGGCACGGGAGCGCCGUGAUCGUGAAGUCGCCGGAUUACCCACCCGAGUCCCAAGCACAUGAAUACUACCCCUGUGGCAAACCGUCCGUGUCCGUCGAGGUGCUCCGAUACUUCUACUGCAAUCCGUCCCGCAUCCGCGAUGUGCGAGAGAAUUUCCUCGACAAGAUCCCGAACAAGCUACACAGGAUACUACUCUCGGACCCCGAUUGCAAAGUUUUGGGCCCCGACUGCGCAAGGAACGGCUGGGGCAUCAGAGUCACCGAGGAUCCGGACUGGAAACUCUUGGCCCUCGGCGCGCUAGCCUCUCCGAUGCUCAUCCUAGUAGUGCUCUACUCAACCACGAGGGGCUUUUUGCUGGUUACUGUGUGCGUAGGCACUGUUGUUUGCCUGUUCUCUACGAGCUUGAGAGAUUUGGUCCGCGUCCUGCAGCUCAGAGACCAACAACAUCGAGAUGGACCCAUGCGAAUCACUCAAGCGGCACAACAACAAGCUGAGGGAAGUGAAGGGAGCGGGAAAGGGAGUGGAAGCGAGAGCUCCUCUGAAAAAGACAUCGAGGCGGGGACGACGAAGCCAUCAGGCAAAGAACGAAGCUGCAUCAGUCAGUUCCUGUACCCAUCCAUGCGGAAAGGGAAGGAUGAUGAGGAUGGAGAGCUGAAACGACACCGCCGACCGAUGGAGGAUCCUGAGCUUGAUGGCUUACUCCAGCUCUGUGUCUAUAAUAGUAGCGACGGACUCCCCGAGUUGCGUCAGGAACCUGUCGCCAGGUUCUCGAGCGACUACGAGUUCUUCAUCUGGCUGAAGCGCCUCUGCGGCCGUCCAUCUCCGUGGUCAUGGAGAGGAUUUCUCACCCGGUGCGGGUUGAGGACGGUUAUCGGCAUCAAUUACUGCAAGAUUGAAUUACACCCCAACGACCGCGCUUCAAUUGAUGAUGAGCCGUCAUAUCCACCCUACGCCCUCAGGAGCAGUUACCAGCCGACCCAGGCCGGAGACGACGACUCUUCCGCUCCAAACACCAGCAGUCAGGGCUUCUCUUGGUUCAACCCCGGCGUGCUCGCAGACUUUUACCAUAACCCCUCGCGCCUCUGGAAGGAGCACGGUACGGGUGCGAACAGAUUCUACGUCUUGAAGCGCUUCGUCCGCAAGUUGGACGGCCACCUUCUCUACAACGGAUCCGGAAGCCUGGGUUACGCCAUGGAGGUGCAAGAGGGACCGGAUCUGUUCCGGGUCAUGGUGCUACAGACUGCGAUGAUGUUCGUCGCGAUCAUCGUCGGGAUAAUCUGCGGCGUGGCGACGGGAGACGUCCAGAACGGUUGCGCGAUCGCGGCCUGCUUGGCAUUCUUGUUUAAGGGGAUCAUCCAGCUACUUGAGAAGUCUUGA